GAUGUGGCUCUACAUGGAGAUGGGGCUGAGGAGCUCGCCCACUGCCCGGCGCCGUCCCGAGGCGGAAAAGCCACCGCGGUGAACUCCUCUUGCGUUUUGCUUUGGUCCCAGCUUUUGGGGCCCUCUUUCCCUUCGGAGAUUUGCGGCCGAGUGGUGGCCCCCCGACUCUGAGGAGCCAAGGAUGGGAGCCGCCGCGCUGUAACCGGGACAGACUUCGCCAAACAGGGCCAGUUUGGACACCCUCCUCGGAAGGAGAAAAGGCCGAAGACAGAGACGCUGGAGAAGAGCAGGGCCCAGUUGGCCGGGGAGAGGGUUGCUUCCUAUUCGUGGAGUAGGGACAAUCCCUUUUCAUAGAACAAUCCCUUUUUGUGUGAGAAGUCCUUUCGAUUGGGUUAGAGCCCCUUUUAAGGUGGGUGGGUCCUUUUUUGGGAGAAGUGGUCCUUUUUUGUGAACCCAGUCCUUUGAUUGUAGGGUAAGGAUCGUUUUUGUUGUGUGGGGAGAUCCCUCUUAUUUUUUGGGAGUGUCUUCCCUUGUCGUGUAGGAUUGGGGAAACCUGCUCCCCUGUAUUCCCUGUAGGUGUUACUUUGUGUUGUUGUUGUUGUUGGGUAGAGUUCUUUCUGUGACCUUUUUGGUAGGGUUCCCCUAUUUUUGCUUCCUCCCUUCUAUUCUUUAUUAGUAGCUUCUCUAUUAUUAUGGGUUGACAGAGGCCUCCUGCUUUAGUUGAAAGGCUAGGGGUCCCCUUUUUUGCAGAGGUGAGAGAGGAGAAACCUACUUCUUUCUCUUUGAGGGAAGCCUGGCCCCCUGUUUGCCUGGAAAGAGAGGCUUUUGGUAAGACAGGGUUCCCUUUUUUUUUUUUUUUUUUGCAGGGCGAGAGAGGAGGCCGAUUUCCUUCUCUUUGAGGAGUUGAAGAAACCCUGCCCCCCCUUGUUUGGCUGGAAAGGGGGGACUUUUUUGCAGGACGAGAGAGAAGGGACCCACUUCCUUCUCUUUGAGAGGUCGUGGGAAAACUCCCCCCCCCCCCGGUUUGGUUGGAAAGGCUCCCCUUUUUACAGGGCGAGAAAAACCUCCUUCUCGCUCUGCUCCCCUUUUUUGGCUCUUUUUGCAGAUUCCUCUUUUUAAGUUGCGAGAAAGGCCUGUUUUCCUCUCUUUGAGGGCUUAAGGGAAGCCUGCCCCCCUGUUUGGCUUGAAAGGAGGGCUUUUUGUAGCCCAGGGUCCCCUUUUUGCGGAGCGACAGAUAGAGGAGAGACCUACUUCCUUCUCUUUGAGAUCUUCCCUAUCUGCUCCCCUGUUUUGCCUUACGAGAAAGGCCUGCUUCCCACUCUUUGGGGGCUUAAGAGAAACCUGCUCCUCUGUUUGGCUGGAAAAGGGGGCUUUUUUAGCACAGGGUUCCCUUUUUCCGGGGCGACAGAGGCCUGUUUUGAGACCUCUUUGAGAUCUUCCCUACCUGCUCCCCUGUUUGGCUGGAAAGGAGGCUUUUUACAGGGUGACAGAUAGAAGGGAGGCCUACUUCCUUCUCUUUGAGAUCUUCCCGAUCUGCUGGAAGAUUGUUGCUGGAAAGAAGGGCGUUUUGUAGCACAGGGUCCUCAUUUAGCGGGGCGAUAGAUAGAGGAGAGACUGCCUUCCUUCUCUUUGAGAUCUUCCCUAUCUGCUCCCCUGUUUUGGUUUUCUUUUUGCGGAUUCCCUUGUUUUGCGCUGCGAAAAGGGCCUCCUUCCCUCUCUUUGGGGGCUUAACUGAAGCCUUCCCCGUUUGGCUGGAAAGGGGGUCUUUUUGUAGCGCAGGGUCCCCUUUUUGCGGGGAGACAGAAGCCUGCUUCUCUCUCUUUGAGGGCUUAGGAAACCCGCUCCCUUAUUAUUGCUGGAAGGGGGCCUUUUAGUGGGACAGCGUCCCCCUUUUUGCGUGGCCACCGAGGCCUGCUUCUCUGCCUUUGGAUUCCCCUUAUCCGUCCCCUGUUUGCGUUCCCCUUUGGGCUUCCUCCCCCGAGGGGCUCCCUCGCUGCAUGCGUGCCCCGGCAGGCCCUGAUCCGACUUGGGGGCCUCUCCCCAUGUCCCCUUCCUGGCGCUGCUGAGAUUCCCGGGGGAUGAGUCUGGUGGGGGGCUUCCCGCACCACCCGGUGGUCCACCAUGAGGGCUACCCCUUCGCCGCCGCCGCCGCUGCUGCCGCCGCUGCCGCCGCCGCCGCGGCCACGCGGUGCGGCCACGAGGAGAGCCCGUACUUCCACGGCUGGCUGAUCAGCAGUGGGGGCAGCAGCCACCCCUCGGAGCUGUCCCCGCCCGACUACAGCAUGGCGCUCUCUUCGUACAGCCCCGAGUACGCCAGCGGCGCCCCGGGAGGCCUGGAGCACCACCACCACCACCACCACCACCCGCACCACUACGUGGCCCCUCCGGGCGGCGGCGGGGGCCCUGCGGGGAUGUCCGGCGGGGGCGGCGAGGGCCUGCUGGUCGGGGGUCCGCGCCCGGUCAAGCGCCGCGGGACGGCCAACCGCAAGGAGCGGCGCCGGACUCAGAGCAUCAACAGCGCCUUCGCGGAGCUGCGCGAGUGCAUCCCCAACGUGCCCGCCGACACCAAGCUCUCCAAGAUCAAGACGCUGCGCCUGGCCACCAGCUACAUCGCCUACCUCAUGGACCUGCUGGCCAAGGACGAGGCCCAGGGCGAGGCCGAGGCCUUCAAGGCCGAGAUCAAGAAGACCGACCUCAAGGAGGACAAGCGCAAGAAGGAGAUGAACGAAAUUUUGAAAAGCACGGUGGGCAGCAACGACAAGAAAACCAAAGGACGGACUGGCUGGCCGCAGCACGUUUGGGCUUUGGAGCUCAAGCAGUGAGGGGUCGCCAAGCCCUCGGAGGAGGAGGAGGACUCUCGUGUUGAUGUUUUGGACUCGUCUGGUUUAUUUAUGUGCAAUUUCCCUCCCCUAGUCUCCCUUUGCAAGAAGAAGAAGAAGAAAAAAACAAAGACAUGUAUGUGGAUCUGGGAAGAAGAAGAAAAAGCAUUCCGUCUUGGAGCAAGAGGAAAACGGCGGCGGGGUAAGAAAAGGGGGAUGUGGUCUCUCCAAAGAUAUUGGUUGAAUUUGUCUCUCUUUCCCCCUUCCUGCUAUGAAUGUUCCUUUUGUUUGUAUAGGACACACAUGGGACAAAAAGAAAAAAAGAGUGCGGGCUAGUCCUGAAUUCCUGAAGGCAUUCAUUCGUUUGCUAUGUGAAGUGUAUCUGUUGUAAUGCUUGGCGGGAAGUGAGGGAUGGGGAGACCCAAAGCCCCUCUUUUCCACCCCAAAUGUCAGUGUCUUGGGUUGUAGAUAGGACUUCGGUGUUGUGGUCGCUAGUUGCGGAGAAGAAAAGAUUCUCUAACCGCUCUUUGUUCAUUCAUUGUGCACUUCGGUCCCCUUGGGGGAAAAAAUUAAAAAUAAGGAUCAUGGUCGUGACAAUUCAAUGUGGAGUCGAAUUCAUGUCGAAAGGUGUAAACCCUGUACCUACUCAAUAAACCACUGUGUGUGUUAUUUUUUACUAAAAACAAAUCUUGAAGUUGUUCUCCCUGCCAAAAAGUUUUUUUUUAAUUUUUUGAAUAUUUUUAUUACAUUACUAUUAAUUUGUUACAAAGAAAAGAAAAAUCUUUACAAUUCAUAUAAUUAAGUCUUUUCCUUAUAGGGCUGUGUGGAAUGGCCCUUACUUAGGCCCCUCCAUUCCUGCUUCUUCAAAUUCCACAGCACUGCUGGUCACAGCUGACCUCCAGCUAGAGCGCUCAAGGGCCAGAGCUUCCUAGUUCUCGGGAUCUAUGCCAUAGUUUUGAAUGUUGGUUUUAAGCCCACCUGCAAAUCUCUUUUCCUGUCCGCCAACAUUCAGUUUCCCCUUCUUGAGUUGGGAGUAGAGUAACUGCUUUAGGAAAUGGUGAUCAGUGAUCAGGAGCGACUUGAGAAACUGUAAGUGGCUUCUGGUGUGAGAGAAUUGGCCAUCUCGAUGUUUGAUGCUUUACCAACCUUGUGGGAGGCUUCUCUCAUGUCCCUGUAUGGGGAGCUGGAGCUGUAAGAGGGAACUCAACCGCACUCCCCAGAUUCGAACCACCGACCUAUCGGUCAGCAGUCCAUUGCACCACCAGGAGUUGAGUGUGACAUCUGUAGACAGUCCACCUUAUAAUCAAACAUUCUGAUUUAUUCGGGAAGAAUGCUGCACUGGGAGAGCUCAGGCAGUGUUGUAUUUCAGUCAGUGCCAAUGUAGACUUGACACUGAAUUUCUGUGAAUCUGGGGCUGGGUCUACUCUACCAUGUGAUGCAGUUUGAAUAGCACUGAACUAUAUUAUAGAAGUCUUCCACACUGAGCAUAUAAUGCAGUUUGAAUGGCACUGGACUGUAUUAUAAAAGUCUUCCACAUUGAGCAUAUAAUGCAGUUUGAAUGGCACUGGGCUGUAUUAUAAAAGUCUUCCACACUGAGCACAUAAUGCAGUGUGAAUGGCACUGGGCUGUAUUAUAAAAGUCUUCCACACUGAGCACAUAAUGCAGUGUGAAUGGCACUGGGCUGUAUUAUAAAAGUCUUCCACACUGAGCACAUAAUGCAGUUUGAAUGGCACUGGGCUGUAUUAUAAAUGUCUUCCACACUGAGCAUGUAAUGCCGUUUGAAUGGCACUGGGCUGUGUUAUAGAAGUCUUCUAUACUGACCAUAUAAUGCAGUACAAAAAGUGUAAAUCCAGCCUUACUUUUUCUUGAAAGUAGGUAAAUGAGCAAUUAGCAAUUUUAUUUCUUAAAAGGGAAGAAGAAUGAGAAGUUCUUUAGCAAGCUAUGGAGAAAGGAAGAUCUGAAAUAUAUCCCACCAGUAAUUAAUGCAGAAAUCUGGUGACAGAUGUGAUUAAUUGGAUCAUUACUUAUUGUUAUUUAUUUUGUUAUUCUACCAAAGCACAACUUUGGUUCACAGUGCAUCUACACUGUGAAAUUAAUGCAGCUUGACCCCACUUUGCCUGCUGUGACUUAAUGCUAUGGAAUUCUGCAAAAUUCACAAGGUCUUUAGCCUUCUCUACCAAAGGGUGGUGGGGCCUCAUCAAACUACAAAUCCCAGGAAUCCGUGGCAAUGAACCGUGGCAGUUCAAGUGGGGUCAAACUACAUUGAUUCUACAGUGUAGAUCUGUCACCUGAGCCUUCUCAGGCUAGUGAUUGACAAAUAAUGGUUGGGGCUGGAUCUACACUGCCAGAAAAUCCAGAUUAUCAAAUCAGAUAACUCACAUUAUCUGCUUUGAACUGGAUUAUAUGAGUCAACACUACCAUAUAAUCCAGUUCAAAGCAGAUAAUCUGGAUUUUAUAUAUUAGUGUAGAUGGGGCCUGAGAAAGGGCCUUGAUAGGUAUAGUAUGGAAACAUUUCUCUAGAAAAGUCAUUUUGUGUCAAGUCUGUAAGAAUGCAGAAAAUUGGAGAUUGAAGGGGCAGAAUGUAUGUGUGUAUGUGUAAAAAUUUGCCAAAUGGGCUUGAUAUUCACUUUAUGGUCUCUCCAUCCUUUGCUUCUGGGCUGUUGUUGUUGCCUUGUCUUCAAAAGGGUGAUUUCCUUUGAGGCUGAGAGAAUUACACAUCCCAAAGUUACCUAGUCUGAGAGAGGAUUUCUGCUCCAAUUUCUUGAAGUUCUAGUCUAACACUAACCAUGCUGGUCGCUGGAUCAACUCUCCCCCCCCCCCCCCCAACAAAGAACUGCUUCUUCAGCUAAACUUUGUGGAUUCCAAUCUAAAUUACACUCUGGCCAGCUGAUAUGGAGGCACCACCAAUGUUGUUCUUGCUGUUGUUGUAGGCCUUCCAGUCAUUUCUGAUUUAUGGUGAACCCUGGGACUGCCAUAUGACUUAGAGGGUCUAUUCAGAAAUUUGCCUUUGCCCUCCUCUGAAGCUGAGGCCCCUUCUACACUACCAUAUAAAAUCCAAAUUAUCUGAUUUGAACUGGAUUAUAUGGCAGUGUGGACUCAUAUAAUCAAGUUCAAAGCAAAUAAUGUGGAUUAUCUGAUUUGAUAAUCUGGAUUAUAUGGCGGUAUAAAAUGGGCCUGAGAGAGUGUCACUUGCCGAAGGCUACCCAGUAGGAUUGUAUAGCAGAGCCAGGAUUUGAAUCCUAGGUUGCAUCUACAAUGUAGAGUUAAUGUAGUUUUAACACCACUUUACCUGCCCUGGCACAAAGUUAUGGAAUCAGUGGAUUUGUAGUUUGAUGAAGCAUCAGCAGAGAAGUCUUAAGAUCCCAUAGUUCCAGAGCACUGAGCCAUGGCAGUGAAAGUGAUAUCUAACUGCAUUAAUUCCACAGUGUAGAUGCACCUCAAUUCUCCAGAACUGUAGGCCCAAGACUUUCCAUACUUUUCUCCUCUCUGCUUAAAAUGGUGCAUUGACUCAAGAUAAAAUGCCAGGAAGUGGACUUUUGCUUUCAAAUACUUUGUACUAUUUAGCUCUUUGUUAUGUAACUGGAGAAAAUCCAUUUUUCAAGGAGGUCUGGCCACUUCCGCUUAUGUUUCUCAGGCAGACCACAAAGGUUCUGGGGGAAGUUGAAAAUUAUCCCUCACCCCAGUCCAACCCUGUUGUGAUAUAAACAAGAUUUAAAAAAAAAACUUUGGGAAGGCCAAAAGUUUGCUUGGUGAUGGUUUUGUUUAGAAAAUGAUUCUCUUCAUCUCUGUAUGGGAGAAAGACUUUUUUCCAGUACAAGGAAGCAAGUAUCUUGGCCUUAGUCUUACUCAAGCAACAGACAGGAUUAGAAACUGCUACUCAUUCUUUUGGAAGUUGUAGAAUAAGGAGUUAGAAGUAACUGCAGACAAGCUCAUUCUGAUAUAAAGAGGGCUUCAUGCAAAAACUUUACUGAGAAAACUAUUUUUUUCCAGUUUCACCCCUAAACAAGGGAAAUCCACACUGUAUAAUUAUUAAGCUUGAUAUCAAUUAAACUACUAUGGGAUAAUGCUAUGAAAUCCUAGGAGUUCCAGUUUUAACAUGGCUUUCUAUAUUGUUUGGCAAUUCCAAAUCCUCAGAGGGUGCAUCUAUAUACUGCAGAAUGAAUGCAGCUUGACAUCACUUUAAUUGUUCUGGCUCAAUGCUAUGGACUCCUGGGAGUUGUAGUUUUACAAGGUUGGGCUCAGCCAAACAGUGCUGGUGCCUCGCCAAACUACAGAUCCCAGUCAGUCAUGGCACCAUGGUGUCAAACUUCAUUCAUUCUACAGUGUAGAUGUACCCAAGGUCUCACUCUCUCCAACAUUGGAAAUCCGGGAACUGAAGCAAAUUUUAAAGAGGUGGGAGGAUUUUUUUUAAAUGGGAGGAAUGCUUUAAUUUUGUUCCUGUGGUUUGAGCCCUCUCAAGUUUCAAGUUUUCACCCAUACAGUCAUUUCUUUCUUGGCAAUAUUUGUUCAGAAGGGGUUUUGCCACUGAGGUUAAGAGAGUAUGAGGCCCCUGAGGUCACCAAGGGUCACAUCAGCUGAAUAAAAUCCCACAUUAUCUGCUUUGAACUGGAAUAUAUAGCAGUGCGGACUCAGAUAACCCAGUUCAAAGCACAUAUUGUGGGAUUUUCUGCCUUGAUAUCCUGGGUUAUACGACUGUGUGGAAGGACCCUGACUUGCCCAAGGUCACUGAGUGGGAUUCAUGCUGGAUUUAUACUGCCAUAUAAUUCAGAUUUUCUUAAAUGAUAAUCCACAUUAUCUGCUUUGAACUGGAUUAUAUGAGGAUUUUAAAUGGCAGUGUAGAAGAGGACUAACAUUACAGUAAAUCUGUAAGACUGACUUCUGAAUAACUAUCCUUACUCAUUGGAUUGAGCCUAAGCUCGCUGAAGCUAAGAAGAGUGUAUGCUUCAAAAUCUAUGAGAUUUCAACUGGGCUUCAUCUAGCCUGGCACAUCAGGUGACAGCACUCCAAAGCUCUUAACAUAGAAAAAGCCUUAAGAGAAUUGAAAACCAUAAAUCUUUGGACGCUCAUUCAGUUGAUGUCAGUGAGACCUAGGGUGCAUCUAGAAUUAAUGUAGGCCCUUUCUACACUGCCAUAUAAAAUCAAGACUAUCUGCUUUGAACUAGGUUAUCUGGCAGUAUGACUCAUAUAAUUCAGUUCAAAGCUUUGAACUGGAUUAUAUAGCACCAUAGACUAAAACAAUCCAAUCCAAAUCAGAUUCAUGUGGAUUAUCUGCUUUGAUAAACUGGAUUAUCUGGCAGUGUAGCAGGGGGCCAGAGAGUGAGAAAAACUAUCUUUCCCCUUUAUCUCUGUUGGAGGGGAGGAAUUCAUUUUUACUAGGGGCCCUUCCACACAGCCAUAUAACCCAGAAUAUCAAGGCAGAAAAUCCCACAAUAUAUAACCUUUUGUAACUUGGAUUACAUGAUAGCCUUUAUAACCUGGAUCAUAUGGCAUUGUAGAAGGGGCCCAGGUCUAGACUAUCAUAUAAUCCAGUUCAAAGCAGAUAAUCCGGAUGUUAUAUGGCAGUGCAGAAUGGGCUUUAUAUUCCAAAUUGCUCUUUCCAGGACCAGCCGCAGAAAAUCUUCUCCUUGACCCAAUUACCUACUACCAUUAAGCUCUAAUAGGGCAGUGCAUCUCUACACUGUAGAAUUAUUGAAGUGGGACCCCACUUGAACUCCCAUGGCUCAAUGCUAUAGAAUCCGAGCAGUUGCAGUAUGGUGAGGCACCAGCAGUCUUUGCCAGUGAAGACUCAAGACCCUUGCAAAACUACAACUUCCAGGAUUCCAUAACAUUGGGCCAAUGGCAGCGAAAGGGGGGGGGGCAAUUGUAUCAAUUAUACUGUGUAGAUUCACCCCAGGAAGAAGCUCCUCUAGAGUCCUAUACCUGGAGUUAGGCCCCUUCCACACAACAGAAUAAAAUCCCACAUUUUUCUGCUUUGAACUGGAAUAUAUGGCAGUGUGGACUCAGAUAACCCAGUUCAAAGCAGCUAUUGUGGGAUUUUAUGCUUUGAUAUACUGGGUUAUGUGGCUGUGUGGAAGGACCCUGAGUUCUCCAAAGUGGAGGUUUGGCUUUGAAAUCCUUCUUUUUGAGGGGAGUGUUGUUAUCUGUGUCACUAAAACGGGAUGGCUGUGGUUUCUAGGACCAAGGGUCCCAAAUACCCCCAUCUAGUGUGGAUUUACAAAUUAGACUAACAAAAAUGAACUUCAACAGGGAAAUAUAUAAAAUAAUAUGAAUAAUAAAAUGCACAGAAAACUGGCUUGAAAGUCCAUAUAUCCAGGAUCUGGGUGUCUAAGUCUCCUUCCACAUAGCGGAAUAAAACCCCACAUUAUUUGCUUCGAACUGGGAUAUAUGGCAGUGUGGACUCAGGGCCCUUCCACACAGCCCUAUAUCUGGGUUAUCUGAGUCCACACUGCCAUAUAUUCCAGUUCAAAGCAGAUAAUGUGGGAUUUUAUUCAGCUGUGUGGAAGAGGCCUGAGUGAGUAGCAUAUUGGGGGAUCAAUCCCUACAAGGACAGAGGCUGGCUGGCAUUUCCCCCUUAGUCUCCUCAAGAUGAUCAAUUGGAGCUCUGGCUUUGAAAUCCCCCUCUUUUUGGGGAGGGGGGUGUUGUUAUCAGACCCACUGAAAGGUGAAGCGAAAGCAUGGAAGGCUGGGCCUGUUGGGGGGAGGGGGAAAGGAGAUCCUUUUUAAUUGCCGGGUAAUGGGGCUGUGGCUAUUUUCUCCGGAGCCAUCAUUCCUGGAGCGAAAAUCGCAAGAGCCCUAGACAGGCCGGAGCCGACAAAAAUGUAGCUUUUGACGUUAAAAGCUAAAUGGGGAAAGCGGGGCGGCGGUGGAAGGUAAAUUGAUGGCCGAUCGGGAUGUCAGGAGCCCUGCUGGCCCCAGAUGGGCGGAGGGGCUGAUAAGGCCUCGGGGCCGCGCACAGGGAGCGCGCACGGCGGAAGGAAGGAAGGGGUCUCUCCCCCACAAACAGACCCAUCUCUAGCAACAAGGUUCCUGGAAAGGUCAGGAAGAGGGUUUCUCCUGGCCCUUCUUCAUCUCCUUCUCCACAUCUCCAUAAGUCGCUCCUCAUAAGGCUUGGCUUCCAAACCUUUGACCAAUUUGGUCGCCCUUGUCUUGGACAAGUUCAAGCUUGUCAAUAUCCUUUUUGAACUGUGUUACCAAGGUCCCGUCCUCAGAGGAUGCCUGCCAUAGAUGUGGGCGAAACGUCAGGAGAGAAUACUUCUGGAACAUGGCCAUACAGCCCGAAAAACAUACAACAACCCUGUGAUCCCGGCCAUGAAAGCCUUCGACAACAUAUUCACCAUAUCUACUUUGAACUGAGUUAUCUGAGUCCAUACUGCCAGAUAAUCCAGUUCAAUGUGAAUUUUAUACAGCUGUGUGGAAGCCCCCGUCCCCCAGACUCACAUUGGAUUUUUUAGCUACUGCAUCAUAGGAUUGCUGUGAGUUUUCCGGGCUGUAUAGCCAUGUUCCAGAAGCAUUCCCUCCUAAUGUUUCGCCUGCUUCUACAGCAGACAUCCUCAAGAGGUUGUCAUGUCUCUUGGAAACUAAGCAACGGGGUUUAUAUAUCUGUGGAACGUCCAGGGUGGGAGAAAGAGCUCUUGUCUGUUUGAGGAGAGUGUGAAUGUUUCAGUUGGCCACUUUGAUUACCAUUGAAGUAAUUGCUUCUGGUUGCUUCCAGUCAGAGGGAAUCCUUUGCUGGGAGGUGUUAGCUGGUCCUUUGUUUAAUGUCUGGAAUGCCUGUUUUCUGAGUGUUCUUUAUUUAGUGUCCUGAUUUUAAAGGGUUUUUGAAAUAUUAUACCAAUAUUUCCAGGGCAGUAAAUAAGUAACAAUCAGGGCAGUAAAUAAGUAACAAUACUAAUUCCAGAUAGGAAACAAUCAGGGCCAGCUAACACCUCCCAAGUUCACACUGCCAUAUAGCCCAGUUCAAAGCAGAACAUGCGGAAUUUUGUUCAGCUGUGUGGAAGUGGCUUCAUUUUACAGUGUAGAGAUUGGAGAAGCAUGGCCCCAUUAAAGUGUAAAGGUAACAAAUCCCUAGUAGGUAAUAAUUAUUUAAGGGCUUUGAAGGUCCUUCCACACAGUCAUAUAACCCAGAAGAUCAAGGCAGAAAACCCCACAAUAUCUGCUUUGAACUGGGUUAUCUGUGCCCACACUGCCAUAUAUUCCAGUUCAAAGCAGAAAAUGUGGGGUUUUAUUCAGCUGUGUGGGAGGGGCCCUAGUCAAAGAGAAGAUUUUCUGCAGCUGGACACAGAAAGUCGCUUCCUGGAAAGAGCCAUUUGGAAUAUAUGGCCCAUUCUACACUGGCAGAUAAAAUCCAGAUUAUCUGCUUUAAACUGGAUUAUAUGAUAGUGUAGAUCUGCCCCCCUUCUCCACUGCCAUAUAAUCCGGGUUAUAAAGGCAGAUAAUCCACGUUAUCUUCUUUGAAAUGAAUUAUAUGAGUCUACACUGCCAUGUAAUCCAGUUCAAAGCAGAUCAUCUGGAUUUUAUAUGGCAGUAUAGAAGGGGUCUCAGAUAAUCCAGUUUAAAACAGAUAAUGUAGUCUGGUUUGAUAAUCAGAAGUAUAUGGCAGUGUAGAAGGGGCCUCAACCCGAUCCCUGUUCAAGUAUUUGUAGAUCCCUUUUAAUCCGUGGGAUUUUACUCAUUUCUUCCUCUGUAUUAAAGCCGUCAGACAGUCUCCCAUCCAAAUACUAACCUAGUACUGACCCAAGAUUAAAUCCUAUGAGAUUUACUUCUGGGUAGAUAAGUAUCAAAUUGCUCUGUAUGGGAAAAUACAAGAGAAUCUGCACUUUACUAAAAACUUUAUUGGAUUUAAUCGCUAGACACGGUAAGGAUGUAGUUUUAACCUCACUUGCUUGGGUCUGGCUUCUCUCUAAGCACUCACAGAUAUUAUAUCUCAUCUGUUACACAUUUUCCAUUGAUUAAACUUAAUUCAAGGGGAUGAUCUUACUUGUGGGCAAUAUCUGCUUUGAAAGGGCUUAUCUGAGUCCACACUGCCAUAUAUUCCAGUUCAAAGCAGAAAAUGUGGGAUUUUAUUCAGCUGUGUGGAAGGGGCCUAUGAUUCCAUAGCAUUCCUUAAAAUGUGUUAAUUCUACGGUGCAGAUGCACCCCAUGUCUUCCAAAUUGCUUCCUCUGCUGUUUUGCACAAUUACAUCACUGUCAUGGCUACAUCCUGUGGGAUCCUGGGAUUUGUAGAUUGGCCAAGUAUAUAAUAUUUACUGCCAGGAAGCUCUUGGUCAAUUGUACCUACCCAAGCCACAAAUCCCAGGAUGCUAUUUAUGACAUUUAAAGGGACAUUAAACUCUUAUAAUUGUUCAGUAUGUAAAUCUCCCUAGAGAACUCUAGUGGAUUCCACUAAAUUUUGAAGAUAAAGGAGGAAAGUGAUUUAAUUCUUAGUCCCUGAAGUCUUGGUACUAAAAAAACCCCCAAAUUACAGAUUAAGGUGGCAUGGAAGUGAUAUAACCCUGUGGUCCUGUGUUGUCUCUUUCCAGUUUUUGAUUCUACUCAAGCCUAAUUUCCUUCUUUUUAAACUGCCUUUUAAAAGGCUGCUUUUAGUGCUCCAAAUGACAUGCCUAUUGGCUUCAACUGAUGUAUAGCAUCGGGACUACCCUUAACAGUCUUGGGGCCCUUCCAGAUAUGCCCUAUAUCCCAGGAUCUGAUCCCAGGUUUUCUGUUUAUCUGGGAUUAUCUAGCAGUGGGGACUCAUGUAAUCCAGUUUAAAGCAGAAAACCUGAGAUCAGAUCCUGGGAUAUAGGGCCUGUCUGGAAGGGCCCUUGGACUAUUUAGCAAAGCCAAUAUUUAAAAUAGCUGCCUUAGGCUGGAAAGAAUGGAGCAGCACCUUGUUUUCAUAGAUAGGAACGAUAUUUGCAGAUGCAAUAACAGAGUCAUCUUAAAGCCACAAGUUGAUAUACAGUGUUUAAGAGUGAAAUAUAAUUUAAUAUGGCAUAGCAAUACCAAAACAGAGGGUGAAGAGGGUGUUGCUGUGAUUUUUUAAAAGGUGGCAAUGAAAUUGUGUUAUUUGGAGUAUUUAUUAUCCUAGGAUCUGAAAUAUCUUUACUUGGAAAUCAGUGCCCAAUAUAAUGUUUUCCAUUAUAGGGUGGAAAUCCUUUAUUUUUAUCCCUGAUAGUGUGAAAUCUGCCUCCCUGUUGCAAGUCCAAUUUUCUGUAGUCUUCCAAAGGGUGAGACUUGAUAUCAGCUAUCAGAUAUGACUUUUCCCACCCCUUCAUUGAAAAUCUGAUUUAUUUUAUAUCAUCUAAAACUUCUAAACAGCCUAAUUUAAAAUUUUCAGAUUAUAUAAAAUAGAUUUCCAAUGAAGGGGGUGAGAAAAGGGUUUGUUCCCAUUCCCUGGCUUUAAAGGGGGCUCUCCACAAUACUGCACAGAGAAGCCAUUGAAAUCCACAAGCAUGUGGACAAUUUCAAGAGAAAGGAGGAAACAAUGAAAAUGAACAAAAUCUGGCUACCAGUAUUUUAAAAACUCUAGAAUCAGGACAGUAAAUAAAGAGUAAUUCCAGAUAUGAAACAAUCAGGGCUAGCCAACACCUCCCAACAAAGGAUUGCUCCAGACAGUAAGCAGCCAGACCUUGAAGCUGAAAGGCUAUUCAGUGCUAAUCAAGGUGGCCAAUUGCACCAUUCACACUUGUCUCAAACAGACAAGAGCUCUUUCUCCCACCCUGGACCUUCCACAGAUAUAUAAACCCCAUCCCUUAGUUUCCAACAGACCUCACAACCUCUGAGGAUGCCUGCCAUAGAUGCAGGCAAAAUGUCAGGAGGGAAUGCUUCUGGAACAUGGCCAUACAGCCCAGAAAACUCACAGCAACCCAUCAGUUCCUGUUUUACUGCUGUAUUGGACCCUGUUUGGCUAUACAAUACAGUAGAGUCUCACUUAUCCAACAUAAACUGGCCGGCAGAACAAAUAUGUUGGAAAAUGCGUUGGAUAAUCCAGAACGUUGGAUAAGUGAGACUCUACUGUAGUUAUAAAGUUAUUUCACACUCCUAUAGAAAUAAUUAAGACUUUGGUGGCUCUUAGCAGGCACAUUCUACUCUACAUCCCAUCUCAGCACUUCUGAUUUAUGUUAUGAGAUAAUUCCAAUGUUGACUCCAAAGGAAGAAGAUCAGUGGAACUCGGUGAGACUUGUUAUCGCAAUGGCAGGACAAUGGUGGUUUUACACAUUUGGCAAUAAUAAAAAUAAUAGUAACAAUAAUAGAUUUAACCCAAGAGAAUUAUUAAAGUACAUUAUUUGGAACAAGCAGCCAAAGGCCAAAUUAUUUCAGUAACCCUGUUUAUUACAAAAUCCAACAGAUAAAAGAACCCUCUUUUCUUUCUCUCUGGCCCCAUCUACAUGGCCAUUUAAAAUCCAGGUUAUGUUAUUUGAACUGAUUACAUCCCAGUGUCGACUCAUGUAAUUUAGUUCAAAGCAAGUAAUGUGGAUUAUCUGAUUUGAUAAUAUGGAUUAUAUAGCAGCUUCUCUCUCUCCAGAUAUAUCUAUAUCUGUCUAUAUCUAUAUCUAAAGAGAAGCUUCCUUUCUACCUAUCUAUAUUUAUUUAUUAUUUAUUUAUUGCCCUUGAGAGGACUCAAAGCAGUUCCCAAGAUAAUCAAUGGCAAAAAUUCAAUGCCUUACAUGUAUAAAACUUCACAUAUAAAACAACAACAAUAACAACAGAUUAUAUCUUUCUAUCUAACACACACACAUAUUAUAAGAGAACUUUUAUUUAUUCAGUCCAGGAGGCAUGGAUAGGACUAAUUUGUUGAAAGCUUCCAAAAGAGUUUGAGCUAUGCUAGCCUUGCAUCAUUUAGUGGUCUUCCUUCCAUAGUGGAUUGAAAUCCCCAUCAUCCUGGCCAUUGGCCACUUUGACUGAGGACUUUGGGAGUUGUAACCAAAAUAUAUCAGCAGGGCACAGGAUGGAGAAGGCUACUCUGUAGGUAAGAGUUUGGAGAUCUUACUUUGCAACCUCCAAAGAUUUCCAAGUUUUGCUUAUUUGAGAGCACUGGUGUUCCAGAAUCAAUACAAUUGGUUCUAGUUGGAUAACCUAAUGGACAAAAGGGGCUGGAAAAUACAUUUUCCCCUUUCUCAUAUUUUUUAAGGGAAACAGUAGAUGGCAUUCAUAGAAAGUAUUAAAAAGAAAGAAAUUGGAAGGAAGGCUUUGGACUUCUGUUCCUGACACUGGUUGUGUGACUAUUGUUGUUGGUUUCUUUGAGCUUUCAGGAAUUGUUCCUAUCCAGUCUGGGCCAGAAUGGGAGACUAAACGCUUCCCAACCCCCUUCCCAGAAAUGUACAAAGGCUUUCCUUUGCAAGGAACAAUAAUGAUAGCUAAUCUCAUUGGCGUCAGAGUGACGUUAGGAGCCACGCUCCACAAUCUCUUAAAGACCCUCUAUUCCCUUACCAGGGAGCAAGGCCCUGUUGGACUGAAUAGGGCUCCCUUUUGAGGAAACACUUAUACAAUUGGGCUAUAAAGGCCUCAGGCUGACAGGACUUUUGGGCUUCUGGACUCCAUCACCUUUGAUCAAUGCACUUUCAUCAUGACUCCAUGUUGCCACCCUCAAGGAUCAAAUUCCAUGUUUUCUUUGUGUAUAGUAUGUGCUUAUGGCAACCCCAUGAAUGUAAUAGGGUUUUCUUAGGCAAGGAAUACUCAGAUAGGUUUGUCUCUAAAAUAUCGCCUCCAGCACCAGGGAUUCGUUGGUGGUCUCCCAUCCAAAUACUAACCAGGGCUGACCUUGCUUAGCUUCCAAGGGAUCUGGUGCCCUUAGGGGCAUUUAAACCCUCUUGUAAAGGCAAACAAAAAGUUUCCAAAUUUUUCUUAUUAGCUGUUUUAACAUUAUUCUUUAUUAAAAUAUAUCCUGCCUUCUAGGCGCCCUCUGCACAUAUAUCAUCCAGAUUAUCUGCUUUGAAGUGGGCUGUAUGAGUCUACACUGCCAUGUAAUCCAGUUUAAAGCAGAUAAUCUCCACCAUGUAGAAGGGGCCCUAGUUAAAAGUCUCAAGGCCCUUCUACACUGCCAUAUAAUCCAAAAUAGAGAAUUCAGAUUAUCUGCUUUGAAGUGGAUUAUAUAAAUCUACACCAGGGGUCCCCAAACUUUUUAAGCAGAGGGCCGAUCCACAAUCCUUCAGACUGUUGAGGGGGCCGAAUUAUCAUUUGGAAAAAAAAUACAAACAAAUUCCUAUGCAUACUGCACAUGUCUUAUUUGUAGUGCAACAACAACAACAAUGAAAGAAAAAUACAAUAUUUAAAAUGAAAACAAUUUUAACCAACAUAAACCUAUUAGGAUUUCAAUGGAAAGUGUAACACAAUAUUAGCAUUAUAUAUUACUAUAUUGAACUAUACCACUAUACUAUUAUAUAAUAUGUAAUAUAUAACAUAUAAUUAAUAUUAUUAUAUGGUAUUACUACUAGUAUUAUAUUGUAUAGCAUAAGAUUAUUAUCAAUAUUAUAUGUAUAUACAAUAUAUUAUAUUAUUAAAACUGAUAUAAAAUAUUAUAUUAUAAAACUGAGGGCGGGGGCCAGGUAAAUGACCUUGGAGGGCCGCAUCCGCCCCCGGGCCUUAGUUUGGGGACCCCUGAUCUACACUGCCAUAUAAUCCAGUUCAAUGAAGAUAAUCACAAUUAUUAUAUGGCCAUGUAGAAGCGGCCCUAGUUAAAGGUCUCAAGCCCCUUCUACAUUGCCACAUAAUCCAGAUUAUCAAAACAGAUAAUCCACAUUAUCUACUUUGAACUGGAUUAUAUGAGUCUACAUUGCCAUAUAAUCCAGUUCAAAGCAGAUGAUCUCAGUUCUCUAUGACCAAGGAGAAGGGGCCUUAGUUAAAUGUCUCAAGCCCCUUCUACACUGCCACAUAAUCCAUAUUAUCAAAACAGAUAAUCCACAUUAUCUGCCUUGAAGUGGAUUAUAUGAGUCUACACUGCCAUAUAAUCCAAUUCAAAGCAGGUAGUCUUGAUUUUAUAUGACCAUGUAGAAGGGGCCCUAGUUAAAGGUCUCAAGACCCUUCUACACUGCCACAUAAUCCAUAUUAUCAAAUCAGAUAAUCCACAUUAUCUGCUUUGAACUGGAUUAUAUGAGUCUAGAUUGCCAUACAAUCCAGUUCUAAGCAGAUAAAAUGGCAGUCUAGAUGUGGCCUGAGGGAAGCAUACAGUAAAACCAACAGUGUCAAAUUUUUAUAAAUGAGUUAAGGACUAAAAACUAAAAUGUAUUUAACAGUUAAAUUAUAAAAUUGGCUUUAAAUGUGAAAAUGUUUAAAUGCUGCAGUACUCCAUUGUUACCCUUUCCCUCCCUCCUUUAUUGCACAUGAUUGCAAAAACUAUGGUUGCAUCUACACUGUUGAAUUCAUAUAUUUUAACACCACUUUUCUAACUUUAAUGCUGUAGCAUCAUGGGAGUUUUAGUUUUACAAGUUCUUUCCUCUUCUUUGCCAAUGAGAGCUGCUGCCUGGACAAGCACAGCUCCCAUAGCAUGGAUUCGUGGCAUGGAGAGUGGUGUCAAACUGCAUUAAUUCUAUAGUGCAGAAGCCCCCUGAGACAGCUCUUCUUCUCAAAGACGUUUGUGCCCCUUCCAAAUGUUUCCAAAACAAGCAACUAGGACCACUCAAUAUUCCUCAAGGACAGAUAUUGAACUGGUAGAAUACUGAUUGGAAAGCUAUUCUUAAUAUCUCAGAUUUUUGCCAUUAAGGACAUCUGGCAAUGGUUAGGAGUUCUCUCUCUAUCUCUUUCCCUCUUCUCCCUGCUCUGCCCUUCUGACUUGCUGCAUUCAGCAAGGACUCCCUGACAUCAGACCAGAAGGCCGGGAUCCAUCCUGCUGUAGAUUUGGGUGUAAUCCCCACUCCGCUUUCCAAACUCCAGCUGAAAUCCAGGCCCACCAGCUGGAAUGCCAAGACACUGGGAAGCCCUUUCCUUGCUUCUUUUCCUCCCUCCUCCACUUUAUUUUAUUCCUGAAGUUCCCAUUUUCCUCCAAUAUUUGCCUACUGAGACUUAAGCAGGCUGUGAGCUGGUUAUGGACCUUUGAAUAUCAAAGGAGUAUGCAGCCAAUGUUGAAUCACAGGGACAGUUGUAUUCAAGAGUUUUUGUGCAUUGGGUUGCUGUGAGCUUUCCGGGCUGUAUGGCCAUGUUCCAGAAGCACUCUCUUCUGAAGUUUCGCCCAAAUCUAAGGCAGGCAUCCUCAAUAGUUGUGAGGCCGGUUGAAAACUAGGCAAGCAGGGUUUAUAUAUCUGUGAAAUAUUCAGGGUAGGAGAAAGAGCUCUAGGCUGUCUGAAGCAAGUGUGAAUGUUGCAAUUGGCCAGCUUGAUUAGCAUUGAAUAGCCUUGCAGCUUCAAAGCCUGGCUGCUUCCUGCCUGAGGGAAUCCUUUGUUGGGGAGUAUUAGCAUAGGGAAGCUUAUGAAGAAACACAAUCUACUAACUAUCUAAGGACUCACUAAGAAAAAUCCAAUAAAUGCUACCUUGAGCAAAGGACAAGAGGGAUUCUCUCACCUCUACAGGAGUCUACUAUAUACUAUGCAGCUGUGGACAAGUUUACCAAAUGCAGCAUUGCCCAAACAAAAUCAAGGAACAUGAAAGGCACUGGAGACUAAUCCAACCACAGAAGUCAGCCAUAGCACAGCACUUGAUGAACCAACAUGAACACAACAUAUUAUUUGAGAACACAGAAAUGCUGGACCACUCUAACAACUACCAUGUCAGACUACACAGAGAAGCCAUGGAAAACCACAAGAAUGUGGACAAUUUCAACAGAAAGGAGGAAACCAUGAACAAAAUCUGGCUACCAGUAUUAAAAAAAACUCUAAAAUCAGGACAGUAAAUAAAGAACAAUACUCAGAAGACAGAGGAAUUCCAGACAAGAAACAAUCAGGGACAGUUAACAACUCCCAACAAAGGAUUUCCCCAGGGAGGAAGCAGCCAGGCUUUGAAGCUGCAAGGCUAUUCAGUGCUAAUCAAGGUAAUUAAUUGCAUCAUUCACACAUGCCUCAGGCAGACAAGAAUUCUUUCUCACAACCUGGACUUUCCACAGAUAUAUAAACCCCACUUGCCUAGUUUCUAACAGACCUCACAACCUCUGAGUCUGCCUGCCAUAGAUCUGGGUGAAAAGUCACAGCAAUGAAAGCCUUCGACAACACAUUUUUGUGCAUUUUUCAUUUUUUUCUCUAACUCUUCUUUUCUUGAUAGUGAUAACAAAGAUGGUUCAAAAACUGAUCCAGUCUGAAAUAUCAUUCAGGCCCAUUAUUAGUGCAAGGGAUCUGCUUGGACUGAACUGGAUUAAAGUUUGGGUUUAAGGCAGUGUUCACUUGUCAAAGGGGUCCCAUGGCCAUCUUGAUGGAUGGAUUGAAAGCAUCUUAAUCCAGGUUCUUAAGACCAAAGCAGUUUCCUGAUGUAAUCAUAAAAGACUUCCAAUGUGAAGGACCAGGCUGUAAAAGACAAAAACAAAUAGGGAGGGAAGCUAGCAUCAAUGUUAAAUGUUUUAAAUUUCUUAGAAUUAGCAGGAGAAAUGGAAGACAGCUGAAGGGGGGAAAGGAAACCCAAAGCUGUUCUGUUUUCAGCAAACAGCUGCAUGCCUUCUUUCCUUCUAAAUUUGAACAUGCAUAUGCUUCACUUUCCACAGCACAACAUUUUGUUUCUGCAGAAUCUAUCUUUUUAAUAUAUUCACUCUGUCUUCGCAGGGCAAUUUAUAGCUGUCUUGUCUUCUUUGCACAGUCUGUUCAGGUACACAUAAAGGAAAAGAGACCGAAACAUUCACAAAUAUAACAAUAGCACCGUGCUUCUGCUUUAAUUGCUAUGGUUCCAUUCUAUAAAAACUUGUGAUUUGUAGUUUAGGGAGGACUGGGUUGCUGUGAGUGUUUUGGGUUGUAUGGCCAUGUUCCAGAAGCAUUCUCUCCUGACAAUUCACCCAUAUAUCUAUGGCAGGCAUCCUUGAAGUUUGUGAGGUUUGUUGGAAACUAGCAAGUGGGGUUUAUAUUUCUGUGAAAUGUCCAGGGUGAGAGAAAUAACUGUUUGAAACAAGUAUGAAUGUUGCAAUUGAUCACCUUGGUUAGCAAUGAAAAGCCUUGCAGCUUCAAAGCUUGGUUGCUUCCUGCCUGGGGGAAUCCUUUGUUGGAGGUGAUUAGCUGGCCUUGAUUGUUUCUUAUCUGGAAUUCCCCUGCCCCUGAUCUCUGUUCUUCAUUUACCGUCUUGGUCCUAGAGUUUUCCAAUACUGUUAGCCAGAUUUUGUUCAUCUUCAUGGCUUCCUCCCUUCUGCUGAAAGGGAAUCCAACAAAGGAUUCACCCAGGCAGGAAGCAGCCAAGCUUUGAAGCUGCAAGGCUCUUCAAUGCUAAUCAAUUGCAACAUUCACACUUACCUCAAACAGACAAGAGUUCUAUCUUCCACCCUGGACAUUCCACAGAUAUAUAAACCUUCCUUGCCUAGUUUCCAACAGACCUUACAACUUCUAAGGAUUCCUGCCAUAGAUGUGGGUGACACAUCAGGAGAGAAUGCUUCUGGAACAUGGCCAUACAGCCCGAAAACUCACAACAACCCAGUGAUUCUGGUCUAGGGAGAACUAUCUAGAACUCUAAACAAGGCAGCUCUAAGUGCAUCUUGAAAUUAUAAAUCCUAGAAUUCCAUAGAAUGGAACUGUGGCUGUUACAGUGGAAUAAUAAUAUUGCAAUUGGGUAGUAUGAUAUGGCCUUCUAGAGGAGAGAGGCCAUAAUUGCAACAAAUAUGAAAUAAGUGAUACUUAAGACAAGUUUUAAAAAGCAAGUUUGCUGGGAUUAGGGGCUCAGGACCCUGGAGAAAGUGGAAAAACUGAGAGGAAAACCACCACUUAUUAUUUUAUUUUUUAGAAAACACCUCUCCAUCAAUUUCUGGGUCCUCCAUCAUGACUUUAUGGAUUGCUUCUCAUGGAAGUUGGUGAGAAGUGUUUUGCUGGAGGACCUAGAGCAGUGGUUCUCAACCUGUUGGCCACCAGGUGUUUUGGCCUUCAGCUCCCAGAAAUCCUAACAGCUGGUCAACUGGCUGGGAUUUUUGGGAAUUGUAGGCCAAAACACCUGGGGACCCACAGGUUGAGAACCACUGACCUAGAGAUUCCUAGAUAUGACAUUUUAAUAAAAUCUGAAAAUAAAUCUGCAAAUGUGAAGCCCAAUUGUUUAUUUUUCAUUUUUAAUAAUGACUCCCGAUUAUUUGGUUCAUUAAGAAAAUAUUGGGUCACUUCUUGGUAUAUCUUUGAAAGAAACCUCUCGGGUUUUGUGUAUAAGGUAAAGGUUUCCCCUGACGUUAAGUCUAGUCAUGUCUGACUCUGGGGGUUGGUGCUCAUCUCCAUUUCUAAGCCGAAGAGCCUGCGUUGUCCGUAGACACCUCCAUGGUCAUGUGGCCGGCAUGACUGCAUGGAGCGCCAUUACCUUCCCACUGAAGCGGUACCCAUUGAUCUACUCACAUUUCAUGUUUUCGAACUGCUAGGUUGGCAGAAGCUGGGACUAACAGCUGGAGCUUACCCCACUCCCCAGAUUCAAACCACUGAUCUUUUGGUCAGCAAAUUCAGCAGCUCAGCGGUUUAACCUGCUACAGCAAAAAAAAUAAAAAAAUAAAAAAUAAGCAGAAAUAUAUUCUUAAAUUUUGGGGUUCUAAACUCUUGUAAGAGGUUAUCUUACUUGUGAGUCAAAAUGAUGGAAACAGUAGUGGAAAAUGUCUCUUUUUGUCUCCAUGGCAAGGGUUGUUUAGUUUAUUUGUAUAGCAGAUUAAAGGAAAAUGUGGACGCCUGGCUGUGAGGCACUGGGAGCCAGUGCUUUGAUUGGCCCAUAAAUAGGAAAGGUUUUUGGGCUCCAAUCAAUAAGUCCCUCGAAUCUCCAUAAGGAAGGCUUACCAAGACUUGCCUUCUGACGAGACCACAUUCAGAAGUGAAAUGGGAAAUGUAUGGACUUGACUAAGGAGGGAGGAAGAAAUUGAACCAAAGAAGACAGAACCAUAGAGGCAGGAGAGACCCAAAGGCCACCCAGCCAAACCACAUUCUGCCAUACUAGAAGGUACAGUCAAAAGAGUGCCCAUGGGCAUUAAGGACACUUUUAUGAGAGCUUGUUGUCUGGGUGCUGCAUUUUGAAGUUAGUUUCAAACUGCACUGAAUGGUCAGUGUAGAUAGUGUCAUAGUACCCUAGCUGUCAGAAAGAGAGUUCUGGUUUAAUCCAAUUCCCAUGGAAGGAAUGGGACUGUGACCACUAUAAAUCUUGUGUCAACACCUUGGAUACAGUGAAUAUAUUCUAAUUAAAAGACUAUUACAACCUCGA